AUGUUCGCUCCAGUUGAAGGCUUAAAUUGUCACAAUCCCUCAGAACUGCGAGCGCUCGUUAGCGUGCGACCACAGCUGCUGUCAGCUCCAGGCACCUCAAGUAAUCCAUCAGCUGGGCCAACACCCUAUGGCAGCAACAGGAAACUGCAGCAGACCCAGGCCCAAGUGGAUGAGGUUGUGGAUAUCAUGAGAGUGAAUGUGGACAGAGUCCUUGAACGAGAUCAGAAGCUUACAGAGUUGGAUGACCGAGCUGAUGCACUUCAAGCUGGUGCAUCUCAGUUUGAGACCAGUGCUGCAAAACUAAAACGCAAAUAUUGGUGGAAGAACUGCAAGAUGUGGGCAAUAUUAAUAGCUGUGGUCCUGAUCAUUAUUGUUAUCAUAAUUGUUUGGCAGACCACAUAAGACCAACUUCUUGCCUGUUGGAAAUUGGAGGGCAGAGGAGGACUUUAUUGGUUUCACCCCACCUUAUCUACUAUGUUUUUAAGGGUUCAUUUGUUUGUCUGUUGGUUUAAACCUUGUGUUGGGGGAGAUUUGAUUUAUAAUCAGGAGUUCAGGUAAAAUUACAAAGCAUUAAUCUUUUAACUUCCCCAUUGUUGAUCACUCGCUGUACUUAAGUGAUGGACAGACAAGGCAACAUGAUACUUGACAACUUCAGAAAGAUGUAUGUUGCUGUUGACAUCUUAGACUUGGGUGGGACCAAUCCAUCCACAGGGAGACUUGAAGUCCUGAUAGUAUAAAUUCUUAAUUGUCUUUGUCUCCUUAAUGCAGAAACUGCUAAACACUUGAACUCCUGGUCAUGAUCAUUCUUUAUCAAGCUGUCUGUUGUCUAUAAUUAUCAAAAUAAGCAGAUGGGACUUUCUUUCUCCCCCACUUUCCCAAGCUAUCACCUUUUUUAAAAAUACACACUUUGUAAAUUUUUGGCAAUUAAAACCCAUAGGUUUUAAAUGAAGUGACAAUGCAAAUUAAAUUGUUGGCAGGCUGCAGUUGCUAGUCUUGGCCGUUAGGACUAGGCAUAGAUAGAGUAAUGGAUCAUGAACAUUUUGUUGUGCACGUAGAAAUGUGGGCUACCUGCAUGUUAAAUCUUUAAGGAGACGAGCAAAAAGAUGAGACAGCUAGUCAACAGUAGUAUUGUCCCCUUACAUCUGUGGCUUUUAACAGUACCAAAGUGAGAGGGUGGUGUUUCCUUUUUGCUAGUAGAACUGAAAUAGGAGAAUGGUUCCUGAACCUGAAGUUUAUAAUACUGUUCCACUUUCAAUUCCAUUUCUGUUGUACACUUGUUGGUUUUUAUCAUGCCCAUAGUAACUCUUCCUGAAGAGGUUUCUCCUAUUUUUUUUUUUCAGGGGUCCGACAAUGUACUUUUCAAACCACCACUACCUUAUUGUGAGAAUUCUUGUUUCUGCCUUCUGAUUAACUUGAAGGAAAUUGUAACUUUUGGCCAUCCAUCCUGUAUCCUCUUCAGCAUAAGUAGUCAGUGUUGGGUCUGGAAAAAGCCUGUAAAGUCCUGUCCUGUGAGCUGAAAGUGAUAGCGAGAGUACUGACAAUGACCUCUUGGAAUGAACUGUAGUGGAGUGUUGCAAUUAGAUUUGCUCAAUUAUGGAGAUAUUUUUUUCUGUUGUCAAACAAAAUAUUGUCCUCAAUGUGCCAGUUCCCUCUAUCCUUUUUUUUACAAAUACUCAAGCCAAAAACAAAGCUUAUUUUAACAACUGCCUUGUGCCUUAUUUGCUCAAUGUCCCAGAUAAAAGUUCAAUUUACGGCCUUAAACUUUUUAUAUGGGUAUUGAGAUCAGCUUUGAAUCUAUGUGCCUUGCUCACAGGAGUUGGGCUUUCAUGAGCCGUGCAUAAAUUGUGACAAAUGGUUCGGUGUUUCCUUUUGAAAUUCUUUGUCUUUUUAAAAAGAGAAAUUCCAAGCUAAGGGGGAUGCUUCCCUAUGAUAUGCUGUUCAUUUGGUGUAACUUUGGUGCUGGCUGAAGGCUUAUCUAGUCACUUUUUUUUCAUUAAAAGAUUUGGUUCUAAGCCUUUAAUUUUGUCAUCAACAAUUUUGACCUAGGUUCGUGAACUUAAGAAAAUCUUUUUCGCACAAGAGUUUUAAAAGGAAAUUUUAUACACUCCUGAUUAGAACUUCAAGUGUCAACACAUGCACAGCAUCUGAAUGAUUUGGGCUAGUACUAUUGGCUAGUCUCCACCUCUCCCUCCCACUCUUCAAUAAUGCUGCCUGGUUGCACUUGACGUUCACUUAUUUGCUGAUGAUUGGUAUCUGAUAAAUGUUGAAUAUUGUCGAGCACUGUUUAGCUUUUAUUGCACUAUUGGCAAAUUGUAAGCAAUACAUUAGUAAUUUUGUAGACAUCGCCAACAGCUAUUGUAUGUUGUUGAAUCGUAAAGUGAUUCAGAUGCCGCUUUGCUGUCCUUUUUGGAAUAGGGUGAGAAUCCAAACUGACAACUUCACCACCAGAUCCAAUGUGUAAUCUGAAUCGCAGCAUUAAUUGGCUGGUUUUAAUCAUUAGGAUGGUGUAUACAAAAGAGUUUGAAAUCAGUGCCUGAUGGGUGAUGCCUGUCUAGUCAGGCUCAUUGGCAUUUUGUGAAAACUGAAGUUUGAAUUAACCAUCACUGCUGUGUUGUCAGUAUAAUGGAUCACGAAAAAUCUUUUUCUAAACAGUAUUUUUCAAAUAAUCUUUUUGAAAAUUAGUUGACAUGAUUUUGUAAACUUGAGGUGCCUUAAUGCCUUCAGCCUGCAAAUUUAACUUUGGUUCGUGAUUCUUUGUCAAGACGUGCUGUCAGCCUUUAGUGCUGUAAUUGCUGCCACUCUGGCUUCAGAGGUGCCCAGCAAUUACUCAAACCCAAACAAGUGCCUCUUUAGCUAUUUGUGUCCCACUUCACCUUUUUUUGUACAAAAGAGUAAUUGUUCAGGCUGGCAUUGCAGCUAAGCUUGUUCAAUUGUAUUUAAUUGUAAGGAAGCCUUAAUUAAAGACAUUUUGCAAUCCAAA